AUGAAGCUCCUGGCGCUCUGUGGCUUUCUGUUUGUCUUCCUUUUGUGCCUCAGUGCCUUUACUGCAGAAGGUCGGAAUGUUAAAAAAGGCUGCUGUUUAAAACUGGCCAAAAUCAACAGAAGAGUGCAUAAAGGUUCGCGUUCCAAAAUGACUCCAAUGCAAAUAAGGAAAUGCAAGCCCUGUGCUGCAUCAGGCCCUGUCUUCGCUCCCGGACCUCUUCCACAGCUAAAAUGAGCAGACAGAGCAUCUGUCUGCCCGCAUGUCCCAGUGCUUUACUUGGUUGAGGGUCCUCUUUUUGCAAAUAGUGCAUGAAUGCCUGCUACUUUGGUCAAUAUUUAUGU